GAUCAAAGUUUUACUUAUUGGACACAUUCAACGUAUGCUUUGACCCUCAACAAUCCAUUCUCAUUGAUUUCAACACCUUCAAAUGUUCGGAUAUUUGACUAAUUAUUUGUAACAAUUAGUGUGACAAUGGCACUGCUCGGUGCUCAACAAUUCUUCGGCAGGAUUUACUCACACUACCCUAAUAUUCGACUGCCAUACAUUAACUUAUCCAGAACGCAGAAGAUAUUUAUAAUAUGUCUGACGAGUGGGACAUUGUUGCUGAGUGGUUUAGCAAAAUACUUGAAGAGGAGAAGGCGACCAUCUAAUCCGGUCCAUCGCCGGCCCACGAGAGAUCUUCGGCAACGAUUAUUGAGUGCGAAACCUUCUAAUUUUGAUACCGUUUCACAAGUAUCGUGGGCCAAGAGAAGUGAAGCUAGUACCCGCAGUCAUAUCAGUGAUCGAGCUUCCCUGGUUUCUUCGAUACCUGGAGGUCCAGAUGGAGAUGUCAGAUUAACCCCGCAGCAGUACGGUGUCUUAGGCUUGGAAGCACUAGAAAAGGCGCUCUAUUGCUGGGAAGAUGCCCUCACUGCAUUCAGCUGCAACUGCGGGAGUAAUGCACUUGCAUUACCAUCUAAAGCGGAUGCUGCCUUCACUCAUGAUGUACAACAAUUGCUUGACCUUGGAUAUCAAAUUCAAAGUACAGCUGAGCUGUUGUUUAUCGAUCAGCACUCAGUACUGUUUUGCAAUGGAAGUGACGGAAGUGAGACAAGUCACAAGCGCGCCUCGACAGCACGGUCCGGUGGAAAGGAUAAAGACAAAGCGGAUGCUGCAUCCUCCCCCGAGUCCUUUGCAUCAGCGAAAGACGGGGUGGCUGAUUUGAGGGAAUUUGAAGAGUUCUCUGAGUUUUUCCCACACUUUGAGAAACAAAAGCUGUAUCAUGUGGCUUUGAAGCAGUACGAGGACCGCGGCAUUCCUUGCAGGAAGCUGCAUACGGAGUUGGUUAAAUGCGGUUCUGACGUUGAAUACGUUGCGAAGGUCCAUUGUCUACGCCAGGCGUACUCCAGGCUCUUUACUUUGCCUGCAGCAGCUUCGUGGAUUGCUGAUAUGGGUCGUCAAGUCAUCAGCGAUUUAAUUGUUUAUGCUGACAGGGACCCCAAGGACUAUCUUAGCCACUAUGAAAGAAUGAUGGAGUUUCUCAGCGAUUCUAGCAAUCGUAAAAUUAUGGAAGAAGAGUUAAGUGGACGUGGAGUUAAGUGCAUCAAUUUUUUUGAUGUCCUCAUUGAUUUUAUUCUUCUGGAUUCAUUCGAUGAAAUUGACAAGCCACCAUCAUCCAUCAAAGCUAUCUUACAGAAUCGGUGGAUUUCUGCAAGUUUUAGAGAAACUGCCAUCGGCACUGCAAUAUGGUCAGUUCUAGUGGGAAAACGUCAAAUGCUCAAAUAUUCGGACGGUUUCCUCGCCCACUUCUACUCCAUCUCAGAGCAAGUAUCACCAGUUCUCGUGUGGGGUUUUCUCGGGCCAGAAGGAAGUCUCACAUCAACAUGCAACUACUUUAGGGAUCAAAUAGUAGAAUUUUUAAUUGAUAUAUUUGAUUUUUUCAAGGUCAGGUAUACUAAUGUUGAUAGUCUUGCAGAAGAUAUUCUAAGGGAAAUGAGGGUGCGCGUAGAGAAUAUUAAUCAGCGAUUAACACUCGAAGGAUGUUGAUUCACGCGCUGAUCAUUUGUUCUUCAUUAAUAACUGUCGAGUCACAUAUUAGAUGAUAUACUCAGUCACAAUGUUACACAAGCAAUUAAAGGAUAAUCCGCUGUAUUUAAUACAAGUUGGUACUCUACAUGCCCUCGAUGGUUUGUAUACUUGAGCAAAUUCCAGUGGCAUUAAUUACCAUUCCUAUUUUUAUCUUAGAACCAAACAAAGUUUAUUUAUUCCCUACAUAUAUUGCUAGUAUUGAUGACAUUUUUUUGCAUAUUACCACUCUUGUUAGCACCAGUAUGAUCUGACAAAUGUCCAAGGACAUUGAAUAAUUGUAUAUAUCCGUGUACAGUUGAAAUAGGUAGGCAAUUUUAUAUUAAUAAACAUCUUUUGUGAACGCUGA